CGACGCGCCUCUCCUGUGCAGCCCCCCUCAAGAAGAGCUUCUCUUUUUUUUAAGAAAAGAAACCUUGGAAUUUUUUGAAAGGGAGAAGAAUCUACAUAAUACCAGUGAAGUGGAUAAAAGCGCACGGCUGGAUUCUUUUUGCGUUCCCUCCUUCGUUUCCUCCUCUGGUGCCUGAAUGAAACAGGGAAACAGAAACAGAUAUAUGGGAAAGAGGAGGUGUGCAGGUUUUGCACUGGGAGUCGAUCUGUCAGUGAGAUUUUGCGUAAACAUGUUUCCUGCUAGCUCGCGUUAACUUUUAGUCCUUCUCAAACUGGUGAACUCGACUCCGUUCCUCUUCCACCGCGGAGUUGUUUUUUCUCGGAACGAAGAGACUUUGGUGUUUUCCCCCCUUCAGAGAAACUGCUUAAACUUUCUGCGUUUGAAAAAAAUAAAUAAAUAAAAAGAUCGGAUUGCAUUUUCCCCCUUCAAACAUUUUGGAGGUGAUGUCAUCGUGCUGUGUUUUGGCAGGUAUUGUGUCGAGAGGGCGCAGGGAGGACUACUGCAGCCAGGCGGUAACCAGCGGCUGAGGAAAGCGGGGAAGUCCGGAAAAUCAGGUGCAAAGUGCGGCUGUCAUUUCCUCGCCGUGUCGCGGGUGGCUGAGUCCGCCACCCAGUCACAGCUGUUCCCAUCAUCUCCAGCCACCCCUCCCUUCCUCAUCUUUCUUUCCCCUUUAUUUCCCCCUCCGAUUCUCAUUCAGCACUCUCCAUAUACCCCUCUGAGCUGGACCGCUCCGGGACCUUAUCACCCACUUUGUCAUACGCUGUUGGUCGGUGUCACCUGAGCCACAGACCAGUUGAGUCAGCGUGGGGACGCAGACAUGACCGUGCCCGCCUUGCAUUACCCUGGGCCCGCAGAGCAACCUUCUCCAGGUCGCAGUUUCGUCCACCAGCACGCCCAGGUACCCCACCUCCAACAGCAACUGACCCUGCUCUACUGGGACUAAACCUGCCUCCUGCUCCCGUCUGCGGCGUGGCAAACAACCCGUCUCAUCCCAGCAACCACAUAACUCAUUUUGGUGUCCGGGAGCCUGCUGUUACGCUUAAACGUUACGCAUUGGAUUACACAAAAGAUUACGCACGCGCCGCAUCUGUUCACUCGGCCAAGCAUCACUCUGAGGGUCAACAGGGUCGACUGGAAUUGGCUAUCUUUAAGGCGUGAGCGCGCUUUCACCUGUUCCUCUCCUUGUCGGGUACGCGCAGCGAGCGUUUAAAAUUCUAACUCUUUGCUCCUCCGCCCAUCCGUUCCUUCCCCGGUCUGGACAGCUGUUAGAGGUUGCCCGGCGGUCACAGUGGCACAGUUCACCCAGCUUCAGACCCCAACUUGCCCGUGCCCGCACAUUUACUUACGCCGGGGCAACCGGGGCACAACGCCGCCGAUGCCAACAGGAGUGUCCGCUCACUCUUUGACUCUGCACAACGUCCACCGGUUUCAAAACACAGAGGGGGACUCUGAGCCACUCUGUCGGACUGGCUCAAACCGAGCGAGGAGACUGUCUCUGGGACAAGUUCCAUAGUGGAGGGGGGAAGCAAUGUGGUCCCUUCUUUCCACGCUGACCGUCUUAUGUAUCCAGAUGUUGCUGGUGAUGUGCAAUCCAUUACAGCAGGUACUUGGUAUGGAUGGAGUCAACUUCAGUGUGCAUGUGGAGAACCAGACACAGGUGCGAGACACUAUGAGUCGGCGACACCACAGAGUAUACCAGCUCUACAGCCGAACCAGCGGCAAGCACGUCCAGGUGCUGGGACGCAAAAUCAGUGCCCGGGGUGAAGAUGGAGACAAAUAUGCCCAGCUCGUAGUGGAGGCUGAUACCUUUGGUAGCCAGGUGAGAAUCCGUGGCAAAGAAACCAAUUUCUACCUGUGCAUGAACCGCCGUGGGAAGCUGGUAGGAAAGAAGGCCAGUAAUCGAAGUGCAGACUGUGUCUUUGUGGAAAAGGUCCUAGAAAACCACUACACAGCUCUAAUGUCAGCGCGCUACACGGGCUGGUAUGUUGGCUUUACUAAAAAAGGGCGUCCUCGCCGUGGUCCGCAGACGCUUCCCAACCAGCAGGAUGUACACUUCAUGAAACGCUUCCCACCGGGAGAGCAGCCUGACCUCACCACUCCAUUUCGCUUCACCACCGUCAGCAAGCGGGGCAAGAGGGUGCGCGCUACUGGGCCCCGCUAGUUGUGGCUAACUCUAGCACCCACUGUCUUGUCAUCCAAAGCCUUGACCUGAGCCUGCCAAUAGCUAACCCUUUCAUUCCUUCUGUCACACAUGACUGAACACUUCCCUUUGUUGGGAAAAACAUUGACCAGAAUAUUAAUGAAUCAUUCAUGGGGUUUAGCUCUACACCUGAUUUGCCACUACAGCCUCUCUAGUUAAUAAUCAUUCCUCUCAGUUUAAGUUCCCCUUACUGGACCAACGAGACCAAUAAUUGGUCCAAUGCUGGAAGCUCUUUGGACCUGGUGUGCUUCCCUUCAUUUUCUAGAUACACUGACAGUGAACCUGAAGGGCAGCCAGAGUCCCUGGGGUCUACAAAGGCCUUUAGUUCACAACCACAAAAACCACAAGGCCUUUGUGUCUCCUGUUCUGUACCAGCUGGACAAUGUCAAGUAUGGGAUUACAACUGGACCAUGCAAAACAGACAAGGGUGAGAAAGACUGACUGAACAAGAGAGUGGGUGCUUAGCCUGCAGAUAAAGGGAAAGAACGAUGGAGAAGACAUGAAAAUGGUGGAAUGGACAAAAGGGAUAUAGUGAUCUGCUCAGAUCAAAUGGACCAGUAAUGGACUGUUGACAUGUGUCGCACUUAUUUGUCUCACUGCUAAAUUAGUGCCAUCCUGUGAGGCUAUUGGAUGAAUGGCAGGGUGAAUGAGGGAAUGUUCGAAUGAGUGGCUUACUGAAUAAUUGCAUGUUUGCAAGAAGUCAAUGAGAAAAUGUAUGUUAGAGUGUGUGUGUCAGAGUGAGCGAGUGCAACAACCAUGAGUGAAGCUGGAUCACGGGGGACUCUGGAAAGGGACCAUGUAGUCCCUGCAUGAACCUGUGACAACUCACCGCAGGGACUGAAGCUUUAGGAACUGGAAUGUAUAAGAAUAAAAAUACACACACAAAAAAAACAAACAAGCUGCACCAAAAACAGCCAGCAAAAUCACAGCAAAACCAAACUAACAACCUGACCAAAGACAACUGGAAGACAACCUUCUUCAUGAAUCCUCCCCCCCAACAGGACAUGACAUCCUCAGCCUUUAGGCACAGAGGAUGAUGAGUGCCGGGGCCGAGCCCGCCGGGGAGGGUGCCUUUUCUUUUAGCAUCGCUAUGGAAACGACCCAGGGGAUGAUGCUCCUGUGCGAUACCGUGGAUACAGAGUGCUGCUACCAGGACAUUCAGUGGAACAAACCAAAGUCUCAUGCAUAAACACAGGAGAAAAAAAUAUUAAAGGGAACAAUUUAUUGAAAGUUCUAUAUAUAUAUUAUAUAUAUAAAAGAAGACAGAAACCCUAAAUAAGCAAUCUUACUAUGAUGGUUACUAUAAUUAUUAUGAUAAAAUUAUUUCAUUUAUUUAUUUCAGCUCUGUGUGCAGCAGUCUUUCUCGACUCAGUAAACCUUACAGAAACAUUUUCUUUGUCUCCCGUCCUCAUUCAACUUCUUCUUCACCUGCCCCGUUCUGUUUAAAGGGCCACUUUCACAGACACACCUCAUCUGACCUUCUAGUGAUUAAUACGUUGUUCGAAAACCUAUCACUUGGCAGCCUUUUUGUUUUAAUUUA